AAAAUAGAAACAAUUUCAUAAAACUCUUUUUCGUAUCUACUCCGUGGACUUUUUGCAGAUCCUCUGAACACAAAAACAACACCUUUCAUCGCCGGCAACCAAUCUUCCACCGGAAAUGAUUCACUACUUCAACUAGUCACACACCACCUAUAUUAUUUAUAUUUAUAUACAUAUUUAUUACAGAAUAAAAAAUGGAUGGAAAAAGAGGAAUAUCAUUGUCGGUACCAUCAACACGGCCAUCAAUCACACUCCCGGCACGUUCAACCACCGAGAACAUGUUCGCCGGCGGUGGAACCACGACCGGAGAAAGCCCAGGACCGAUGACUCUAGUCUCAAACUUCUUUUCUGAGAAUGACCCAGAUUCAGAUUGUCGUUCUUUCUCUCAGCUUUUGUCCGGAGCUAUGAUGUCGCCGGCGGAGAUACCUGAACGGAGACCGGAGAGUGAUGCGGGUUUAAGGCAUUCUUAUGAAAAUAAGUUGGUGGUUAACGGUGGCAGUGGCGGUGGUGGAAGCGUUGACUUUCAGUUUAGUGGUAAUAAUGGACGGCCGACGAGUUUGGUUGUUAGUCAACCGGCGAUGUUUACUAUUCCCCCCGGCAUGAGUCCGGCUAGUUUGCUUGAUUCUCCUGGAUUUUUUCCUCAAAUUCAGGGCUCCCUUGGAUUGUCACACCAGCAAGCACUACCUCAGGUUACAGCCCAGGCCGCACAAGUGCAUAAUCAAACACAUACCCAAUUACCACAAAUUCAUUCUUUUAAUUCUAAUGUCACUACAUACCAACGCCUCCCAGCUUCGAUCGCAGAUCAUAAUACUGCAAAAGAAUCAUCUAAUCUAUCCAAUGCUGAUAACCGUUACCAACCUUCUGCUACAGUAGUUGAUAAGCCUGCUGAUGAUGGCUACAACUGGAGAAAAUACGGGCAGAAACAGGUUAAGGGGAGUGAAUACCCUCGAAGUUAUUAUAAAUGCACUAAUCCUAAUUGUCCAGUCAAGAAACAAGUUGAACGGUCUGUAGAGGGCCAAGUGACAGAGAUAAUCUAUAAGGGCAAACACAACCACCAACCACCUCAAUCUAAGCGUGGAAAAGAUAAUAAUAAUAAUAAUGGUACGUCAAGUCAAUAUGAACAAGGAUUUGAGGGUCAAACCAGUAACUAUAGCCAUUCAAUGGACGGGAGGUCAAUGCAUUCAUUGCCCGUGAAGGAUCAAGAAUCUAGUCAAGCUACAUAUGAACAUUCGGGAUCAAGUGAUGGCGAGGAAGUGGGUGAUGAUGUAAGUAGAGGAGAUGAAAGAUAUGAAGAUGGGCCUCAACCAAAAAGGAGUAGGAAUACUGAGGUAAGGGGGUCAGACCCAGUUUCAUCUCACCGGACAGUUGCUGAACCACGGAUCAUAGUUCAAACAACCAGCGAAGUUGAUCUUCUUGAUGAUGGCUAUAGAUGGCGCAAGUAUGGACAGAAAGUUGUAAAAGGGAAUCCCCAUCCAAGGAGCUAUUACAAGUGCACCACCCCUGGGUGCAAUGUCCGCAAGCAUGUUGAGAGAGCUGCAAGUGACCCAAAAGCAGUGAUAACUACAUAUGAAGGGAAACACACCCAUGAUGUCCCAGCGGCUAAAAACAGCAGCCAUAAUAUGGCUAACGCCAUCGCCCAGCCUCCCAAUCAUGCCCCUACGGGUGCACAUUCUCUUACCCGAAUACCAGAAUAUCCAAACCGUCAACAGCCACCACCCACCGGACUUCUGCAAUUUAAAGAAGAACAAUUUACAUGAUCCUCUCAAGUUCAUUACAAAUUUGUAAGUUAUCUUUUGGUGAAAGAUUUCUGAUAGUUUGUUUAGUUUCCAUUUGGUUCGUUUUAUCAUCAUACAACAAAAGAAAGAAGAAAAAGUAGAAGUUAGUUUAGAAGUUCAUAUCAUAUACAUUACCAGAAAGAAUUACCAUAAAUUGUUGUAAAUUAUACAAAAGUUAGUGUCCCAAAUGGUUGGGGCUAGUGAUGUUUUGAACCUUGAAUUCUAUUCACUUAUAACCUUUUUAAGACACUUGGUGUCAAUGCUGUGUGGUACCAUGAAUCGAAAAGGUUAUUACAUGGAGCCAUGGAGGUUCAGUUUGGCUGAA